UCGUCGUUCCGAUCGGAUCUGCGCCAGCUUACUACUGAAUUGAAAAAAGAGAUUGCAGAUAUAGGUGGCCGCACCAGUCAUCUUGAAACUAAAACCGAAGAGCUAUGCGUGGCCCAUAACGAUGUAGUCGAUAAACUACAUCUUGGAGGAAGAACGCAACAACCUGAGAUUCAGGGGCAUAGCUGA